GAGUUGGUGCCCGGAAGAGCUCCGCUGCCCGUCGUCGAAGUUGGUAGCGCCCGGAAGAGGGGUCAAAGUGGUGCCGUUACCGCCGGCGGCACCGCCAGUGGAGUUAGUAGUGACCGGGAAAGGGGCCAGAGUGGUGCCGUUACCGGCCGCGGCGCCGCCGGUGGAGUUGGUAGCGCCCGGAAGAGGGGUCAGAGUGGUGCCGUUACCGGCCGCAACACCCUCAGUAGAGUUGGUAGCAUCGGGCAGAGGAGUCAGCUCGGUGCCGCUACCGGCCGCAACACCCUCGGUAGAGUUGGUAGCGUCGGGCAGAGGAGUCAGCUCUGUGCCAUUACCGGCCGCAAC